ACGACGGAUAAAUUAACGUUACAGAUCGACAAAGCCGUCCCGUCUCCAACGCUGCUCCCUGCUCUGGAUCAUGUCUGAGAAGGACCGUUAGUCCGCUUCUUCUUGCUCCCUUCCGCCGAUGAAAACGGCUCCCGUUUAAAAUCUCCUCGCUUGGUUUGAAUUGGGAUGAGGAUGAUCUCUGCGACGGGCAACAUGUCUCUCGUCGCGCUGACUUUGGCGCUGCUCACCGUCGUCCUCUGCACUUCUCAGGUCAGUGGGAACGAAGACUGUCUGUGGUACGUGGAUAAAAACGGCACCUGGCACAACGGCUUCGACUGCCCUCUCAUCACGUUCUGCUGUGGGAACUGCCACCGGCGCUACUGCUGCCUGGACGCCUUCAAGAUGAUCACAGAGAGGGAGCAGAAACGCUGCAUGCUCUUCCAGUUCAGCCCCACCACUUUAGCUGGCAUUGCCUCCUCCAUCCUCCUGUUUGUGGCGAUCAUUGCUACUAUGGUCUGCUGCUUCAUGUGCUCCUGUUGUUACCUCUACCAGAGAAGGCAGCAGAGGGGCAGGACACCUUAUGAUGCCCAGCAGAUCCCCAUGGCCAGCUACCCAGUGGAGCCCAUGUACGACGCUUAUGGAAAACCACUGGGACCCUCUGAGUAUCCACAUGCAGGUUAUCCAAUGGCGCCCCAGUACCCUGGCAUGCCCCCUCAGUACCCGAUGAUGCAGCCUGGACCUUAUCCACCACACCUGAUGGAUCCUGCAUACAGCCAGGCCCCUCCACCUUACUCUCCACCGCAGUAUCCUGGUCAUUGAUGGGCUCGUCUACAUGCACACACACACACACACACACAAAAACACAUACACACAGAGGGAAACAACAGCAACAGAGAGAAAUGACUGUUUCAAAAGAAGAAGGCAGCAACACUCUCUUACACACUCAAACACACACACACCCACACUCAAACACUACAGCUUGACUAGCAGUGGUUUGCCUGUGAAAGACAACAGGAGGCACUUUAAGGGUUUUGCUUGUUUGUUUAUUUACAACAUUGUCCUACUUUUCUGGAGUAUUUACGUAAGUCAAACUGUGUUGUGCAACCUGACGCCCGAUUGUUCCCAAAGUGAGGAGGUACAUGGCCGGCGUCUCGACUCUGUGCUGCCACUUCUGCUCUGACACACUCACCUCAAUGACAGGGGGUCACCUGAAGACAGGGCGCUCCCUUGCCAUUUAUUAGAGGGAAAAUGCUUUACGUCCUCACUUUUGUUAAAUUUGAAUAAAUUGAUAACUGCAUUCCAGAUCAUCUCGGUCACUGAUCAACAUUCUCCAAAUAUGAUUACACGAUGUGUUUUUUUCUGUAUUUUUUCUGUAAUGUGGUAGAGGCUAAAGUGAAACACAAAUCGCAUGUGUGAUUAAAAAGGUGACAUGUAUGGCUCAAAGGCAGUGAGAAACUGUCUCAAAUUUGCUCAGACGGCCUAAUGGAUUUCAUGGUACUCCUGAUUCUGUGUACGAAGCCUUUAGUCCCCUGUUAGUUUCAACUUUGUCUCUACUUUUUCAUAGCUGACUUGACUAAUUUACUUCAUGGUAGCAUAUUACCUGCGCCAUUGUAAUGUAACAUCAGCAUGCUACCCCAGUCAAAGUUAUCUGUUCUCUCAUGCUCCUUUUCUGGUUUUAAAUGAAUUAGAAAUGAGUCUUUAGAUUAAUCCCAUAAUGCCAGGUUGGACGUGACAGUGAAAUUCAUGUUAACUGUUUAUUUUUCUUGUAACAUAUCAGGUCAGGGGAGUUGCAGGUCAUGCACAAAUUGUCCCGCCUUACAAUAAUUAACCAUGAAGAAAAAAUAAAUUAACUAUUUAAAUACAUAUUUUGUAAAUCUGUACUUCAACUGAAUAUUUUAUGAUAUUGUAACAAGUUAUUUUAAACACACUGUGUUGUUAUUGUAACUUAAGUUAUGAUGUUUUAGCAUUUUGGCAUCUUUCCAUUGGGUAUUUAUUAUUAUUAAGGUUACCUUUUACUGUGAAAGGGUUCUCACCUUCUGGACAAGCUACAAAGCCAAAAAUCACUACUGUUGAAAAUAAUGAUUUUGUUGACCACCUAUCUUUAAGCCAGUAGUUUGACAUUUUGGGAAAUAUGCUUAUUUGCUGUUUUGCUUAGAGUUAAGAGAAUAUCAGUAUCAAUCCAAUGUCUGUAUGGUAAAUAUGUAUGUUUGCUAAGCUAACUGUUAGCGGGAGGCAGCAGCCAGCUAGCAGGGUUUAGCAACUAAGAAAGACUGGAAACAUGAAGAAACCGCUAGCCUAGCUCUGUCCCAAGACAACACAAAUGUGUUAAUUCGUUAAAAAAAAACAUUAAAUCUUUUUUGUUCAAUCCAUACAGAAACCUAAGUCUACAAAUGAAAAUUUGACAUACUAUAGGAGGCUAACUUAUGUAGCCGAAUAUGUUAUUUCUUAGCUGGAAGCUGGAACCAGUGGAAACUUCAGGAAAAAUCUUACUUAAACCAAUGUAAAACGUUAUGUUGUUUUUACAUCUGCGUACUAAUAUCUUAUGUGUUAAAUACUGAGCUAUUGAGGGCCAGAGCCAGGCUAGCUGUCCCACCUCCACGCUUCUGGUCUGUGUGCUAAACUAAGCUCACCCGCUAUGGCUGGACCAGUUAGCUAGCUAACAUAUGUUUUGUUUACUGCAUAGAUGUGAGUGGCAUCAGUCUUCUCAUCUAGCAUUAGCUUGACAAGAAAGCAGAUAACUUAUGCUAGGUGUAUUUCAAAACAAUGUUGAACUAUUCCUUUAAAUUUGCACCUACAGAUUUGGUCUCCAGUGAGGUCAUAGCCCUGUAAUGAAUCUGUAACAUGCCCCUUUGUAAGAUGUGUGAACUGUUAAACAUGACGUCUCAAGCAUGUGUUGUAUAGUUAUCUGUCAGACGACUCAUAGGCGAUGCCUGGAUUGUCUUUAUUCAGGUGUAAUUUAUCUCGAAGUCCAAUGAGACACAUUAAAAACACUGUUAUCAUGCUGAGCAGAGAAGCCUGGGCAGCCUUUUCCUUGAGACUGAGACCUGCUGCUGAAUCUUGUCUCACUGCUAAACCACGCAAUGAAUCAGACAGGACCUGUUACCGGUAGUUUACAGCAUAAAUUGUUUUCUCCGACCGCGGCGUCCAUAUGUACAGAUUUGUUGAGCCUUUGUAAAGCACAAAAAGAGAACACUUUUCUUUGUAAGAUGCUUUCAUAUGUAGUUUGACAUAACAUUUGCUCAAUGAUGUUUCCGUUUAUCUGCGCUUCUAAACCAACUCCAUGAGUGUGUUUAAUGAAACUGAUGUCAGUUGGCAGAAUAACUUGUCUAGGUGGCUUUUGUCUGUUGUCAUAUCAAUGGUAUGACAUUGUAAUAUAAAGUGAGUGAAAAGUUUUUAUUUCUAUUAACAUAAAAUUUAACU